GCUUUACCCUUCGGCGAUUUGUUUGGCCCGUUGACGACAUGGGGGCGGAGAGCGCCGGUACGAGCUAUUUAAAAUGCUUUGGCGAAACUGCAGGCUUAACCAUACUCAGUCAUCGGCCCAGCAUUUGCGGGUUUCGGUGUUCGAAGUCAUAACAGAAGCAUUUACGUAGAGAAGAACCGAACUCGGAGCCCAGAACGACAGUUGGAUAUUCAAGACAUUUUACGCCCGGGAAUAUAUUGGAACAAACUGGUACACAUUUUGCAUCCCAAUGAGCAACAGCACAGUUCAUUGAUGACAUCUGAAAACCUGACAAGUGUGGACUGAUCAGCUCCUCUAUACCGAACAGCCAAGGGUCUGCUGAGAGUUGAGGGGCACCUCCUCUACCUGGUCCCUCCCAUUUCCUGCCUGAGUUGGUCCCUGUGAACGUUCAAAACUGUUUCUCCAACGGUUUUUUCAAAAACUCAGACUGUUUUCCAAGGCAGACACAGUUGCACGCCCCUCGCGGGCAGAAGCGAUGGGGAGUGUGCGAGCCAGCCGCUAUAGCAUAGUGUCGUCAGAGGAGGACGGAAUGAAGCUAGCCACCGUGGCCGUACCCAAUGGCCACGGUAAUGGCAAGACGAGGGUGCAUACUCAGCAGCAGGCUAAGAGCCGCCUUGUCAGGAAGGAUGGCCACUGCAACGUGCAGUUUGUCAACGUCAGUGAAAAGGGCCAGCGCUUCCUGGCCGAUAUUUUCACCACCUGUGUGGACAUCCGUUGGCGGUGGAUGCUCGUCAUCUUCUGCCUGACCUUCUUAAUGUCGUGGCUGUUCUUUGGCUGUAUCUUCUGGUUAGUGGCCUUCCUUUAUGGGGAUAUUGGAAGCACCAAGGCAAAAUGCAUCACAAAUGUCAAUAACUUCCUAGGAGCCUUUCUCUUUUCUGUUGAAACGCAGACCACUAUCGGCUAUGGCUACCGUGUUGUGACAGAUGAAUGUCCAGUUGGUGUCUUUAUGGUGGUGUUACAGAGCAUUGUGGCCUGCAUCCUUGAAGCCUUCAUCAUUGGGGCAGUCAUGGCUAAAAUGGCCAAGCCUAAAAAACGGAAUGAGACGCUGGUGUUUAGCCACAAUGCCACUGUGGCCAUGCGGGACAACAAGCUGUGCUUAAUGUGGCGCGUUGGCAACCUCCGUAGGAGUCACCUGGUGGAGUCCCAUGUAAGAGCCCAGCUCCUCAAGUCCCGUGUCACACCAGAGGGGGAAUUCAUCCCCCUGGACAAAAAGGACAUUGACGUAGGCUAUGACACUGGAAUUGACCGCAUAUUCCUGGUUUCCCCCGUCACCAUCAUUCACGAGAUCGAUGAGGAAAGCCCCUUCUAUGAUAUGAGCAAACAGGAGUUUGAGAACUCACACUUUGAGAUCGUGGUCAUCCUGGAGGGCAUGGUAGAGGCCACGGCCAUGACGACCCAGUGUCGUAGCUCCUAUCUGUCAGGAGAGAUCCUCUGGGGUCACCGCUUUGAGCCAGUCCUGUUUGAGGAGAAGAACUACUAUAAAGUGGACUAUUCACGUUUCCACAAAACCUAUGAAGUUCCCAGCACCCCUCUGUGCAGUGCUAGAGAGUUGGACGAGAAGAAAUCUAUCAUGUCUGGCUCCAACUCCUUCUGCUAUGAGAACGAGGUGGUGCUUGGAAACAAAGACAAUUCCGAGCAGGGAAGUGAGGGCAACGUGGGCCCUGAGAGCACAAACAUGGGCACAGUCUCAGACUCAGACUCUGAACACAACCAAGCCACAGUGCCCCUAGAACCACGGCCGCUGAGGCGGGAGUCUGAGAUAUGACUCUUCAACCAAGUCGGCUGGGAGGAGCACUGCAGAAACCUGUUGUUUGAAAAGGCACAUUGAGCUGGAUACAGUUCAGCCCAGAGAUGGUGACUGUUUUCACACUGAUGGUACUGUUGUGAGAGGUGUUCAGCAAGGACCGAAACAUGAGUGUUAAAAAAUGAGAUGAAGACAACCAAAACAAAACUGCGCACUGGCACAAAACUCUGACAUUUGUGCAUAGACAGACAAGUUUGCCUGUGAGGGGUGUUAAAAAAAAAAAAGAUGCAAUACAGUUCUAUUUAUUAUUACAACAGUUUAUAGAUCUGUGUGACAAAGGGGGAAGGUAUAGGGAAAUGUUGGUAUGGUUUUCAAAACUUGAAAUACCAAGCAUGUCUCUGUGUUCAACUUUCCAACUAGAAAAAUUAGAUUAGGUUGGUUAGUGAGAUUUUCGUUCCACUUAUCUGCCUUUAUGGUCUUUAUUUGCUGCUAUAGAAAUUACGGUAUUUUUGGGGGGGGCACAGAAUUCAGUUUGGAUAAUAGAGCAUUUUUUUAGGUCAAUGCACUUAAAUGGUCAAUUAUAUAUAAAUAUAAUUGCAUCACUUCGAUUUCUCAACAAAUGAACUAUUUUUUUUUUUUGCAGUUUUACACAUAAAAUUGGUCUUGAAUGAUGGCCCUGCAGUUGGUUGAGUAUCUCCCUGGACCAUGUGGGAGAAUCCUAAAAACCAAGACAUAAACGUUAAGCUGGACAUGCCGUGCCAUGCCACAUCAAAUCUUCAAGAUCCCCUGAGUGACAUACAAAAUGAUUGAACCUGUAAACUUCUGCUGCUGGGGCUGAAACCUUAGCUUCUCCAUUUCUCUUUUUGCCCGUGCUGAAUGGACACAGUCAGAUCACUUUUAAUGAGCCGUGCAAUACAGUGGUUUGCUAUCAGACACUUGCAAGAUGACCACAAAAGAUGCAACAUGUUUGCCGGCUAAGCUGCUGCACUUUCAUUCCCAGCUGAGACGCACCAAAAGUGCCCUGUCAGCGAGCUGGCCUCGCGACAGUGCAGUGAAUAUGCCUCAUGCAGCAUGUUGUGUGUUGCUUUGAGCCCGUGAAUUUUUUUCCCCACAAGCCGCUUUUAAAAUAC